UUUAGAGAACUUCACUUUUUAAUUUAUUAUUAUAAAAACAAAACUACUCUUUAACAUAUUAUUAUCAUACCAUUUAAUCAUAGUUAUAAGUGAUUUCAUCUUUCUGUCCUACUUUUAUGUAUUUUACAUAUUAAAAGCUACCAUGAAAUUUUCUCAAGAAUAUACUAAGACCAAGCUUACAACAAAAAUGUACUUGCUCAAGUUAUCUUUAUUGUUGAUAAUUAUUCAAUUAUGGUCGAUAUAUCAAGUAGAGACUGUAUUUUUCAAAACUAUAGGAAAUGAAAGUUAUAAUGAUGUUUUUUGGAAGUAUUAUUUUCUCGCGCAGUUGGAUGUUGGUGUUGAUUACGGAAGGACAUUAACUAUUAGUACGUGGAAAAGUUUUUCUAAAGAAACACUUAUAGUAAAGUUAGCAUUGAUUAGAAAUUCAUUUAAAUGCUGUUAUUUUUUUAACGGGCAUCAUUUUGUGCAUUUAAUUCGAAGCUUUUUCGAAAAUUUUAGUAAGUCCGAUUACAAUAAACUUAAUAGAAAAAACGAACUUUCGUUUGUACAAGAAUCUGUUCUGAUGAUAGAAUCCUUAGUUGGUUAUGAAUCAUACAAAUUUAUUGGUGAAGCAUGGAUUAUAUAUUUUUUUUCCGAGUUUAUUAAUUUAUCAAUGAAAGAGAUUGAUACAAGUAUACAAGAAAACAUAAUGCCAUACUUACAGUCUACGGAAGAUUAUUUACUAAAUCUUAUCGAUAAAAAUGCUUGUGAUAAGACUAAUAUAUACAAUGACAUGAAUGACCAAACAGCAUAUUACAAAGACUUAUUAAAUAUCAAAGUAAAUCAAAGUAGUAAUGAAAGUAUUAUAAAAUUAAUUAGAAAUCAUAAAUCUCAAACAAAAGAUCGGAUAAUCUGGAAUAAAACAAAAUAUAGCUUUGAUUAUCACUUGUUCAGCAUGGUAAAUUUAUAUUUAAACAGAGUAAUAGAAAAUGAUGAAAUUAUGGAAAUUUUUCUUAAAAGUUUCGCAGAACUUAACAAUUGGAAUACAGUUUUAAGCAAAAUGAGAGAAGACUAUGAAAAAGCAAAACAAAACAUUGAUUUUAAUAAAAAAGUCACACACCUUGGAAAAAUACAAACAAAAUUCAUUGUAAUGUUAAAAAUUAUAAUACUCCAAUUAUGUUGGAAACAUUUAGUGUACAUUAACAAAAAAUUGACAUAUUCAAAUCACAUUAAAAAAACAUUGCUUAUUAAAUGGAAUCGAAUUGGAGUAGCUAUUAAAACGCACUCCUAUUAUAAUAAAAUGUUACAAUAUUUAGACCAAUUUUUUUCUAAAACAAAUUUACAGAAUGACGAACAUUUGAGUCGUAUAAAAGAUUUAUUAAAAUUGGCAUUGACAAAUGUGGUAAUUACGUCCACUCAAAAUGAUGAACAUAUUAAAACUGUACUAAACGUUAUAUUUAAAAUUGCUCCAUCGUUUUAUAAAUGUCAAAUUUCUAUUCCCAAAAAUCUCGAUAUUCCAUAUACAAUGAAAUCAAUAGCAACGUCGAGUGAAAUAGCCGAAAAAAAUCAAAUAGAUUUGAAAAAAUUACAUAAAUAUAGUAACAUGACUUUUUCUUCAUACGGAUUUAAAGUGUUUUUGAGUUACAUGAACAAACAUCUUGAAGGCAUCAAUUUUGAAAUAAUCAAAUCAUUUAUUGAGUUUUCAAAAGACUAUACAGACUUCAUUGGAAUAUGCAUCUUAUAAAACUGUUCUUUCUAAAAAGCUUUAGUUAAACUAUCCAAUAAAUAUUUCCAAGUUUUUUACACCUCCUGUAU